AUGUUCCGAUUCCGGCGACAAGCAGCGGACACCGCAGGCGAGGAUAUUUAUUUUGGUGGGGCUGACUCUGAAGAAACUGACCCACCUCCUGAAUCGAGUGUCAAAGGCCCUGGGCCCUACCUUCAAGGUCAGACCCUUCAAGGCCCUCGCGGACCUCCAGGUGAGGUCGGUGCUACUGGAGCCCAAGGUCCACAGGGUCCACAGGGUCCUCCAGGUCCACAGGGUCCUCCUGGACCUCCUGGUAAUGAUGGUGCUCGCGGACCCCGUGGACCUCCCGGUGAGCCCGGUAUUGAUGGAACUAACGGUGUCGAUGGCGAGCAAGGACCUCCGGGUCCCCCUGGUCCUAUGGGCCCACCAGGUCCCAUGGGGAUAAUUGGGGCCACUGGAGUACAGGGCCUUCCAGGUCCUACGGGUCCGAAAGGUGAAAAAGGCUCUCCUGGUGCUGACGGCCCGAUGGUGCGUCUCGUGUGA